UAAUCCAUAUUCUUCUAAUCCAACAAGAUAACGGGUGGCAAAUUAAGCCAUUAACAAUCCCAAAUAUACUUCUAAUCAAUCUCUAUUUCUCUUUCAAAUAUAUAUUAGGUUGAUCAUCACCAUAUCAUUCUUCUUCUCUUUAAUAUAACAAUUCACAAAAGUUCCAAAGAUUGUUGUAUUUUCAAUCUUGAAAAAAAAUGGGUGCUGUAAAAGCAGCUUUGGGUGAUUUUGUGUUAACAUUGAUGUGGGUAUUUUGUUCAUCAACCCUUGGGGUUUGCACUUUCCUUAUUGCUUCUGCUUUUGGGAUUGCACAAGGAAUGGCUUCAUUGUUUAUUACUACUGUGCUUCUUUUUGUGUUGUUUUUUGUGUUUGGUAUAAUUGGUGAUGCUUUGGGUGGUGCUGCUUUUAAUCCUGCUGGUACUGCAGCUUUUUAUGCUGCUGGUGUUGGAAAAGAUUCUCUCUUCUCUGUUGCCACCAGAUUUCCUGCUCAGGCUGCUGGCGCAGUUGCUGGUGCACUAGCAAUAUUGGAGGUUAUUCCUACGCAGUACAAGCACAUGCUAGGUGGGCCUUCCUUGAAAGUUGACUUGCACAAUGGAGCCAUUGCUGAGGGAAUCUUGACUUUCGGAAUGACCUUUCUGGUCUUUCUCAUUGUCCUGAAGGGUCCUAAAAAUGCACUUCUAAAGAAUUGGUUACUUGCAAUGUCAACUGUUACCAUGGUAGUUGCAGGUUCAAAAUACACCGGACCUUCUAUGAAUCCAGCCAAUGCAUUUGGUUGGGCGUACAUAAAUAACAUGCACAACACAUGGGAGCAGUUUUACGUCUACUGGAUCUGUCCCUUCGUAGGAGCAAUAAUGGCUGCAUGGACUUUCCGUGCUGUCUUUCCACCUCCUCCAGUAAAGCAGAGGCCUCAGAAGAAAAAGCGAAAUUGAGAUAGAAUGUUCUGCUUCAAUUGCUUCAUUAAUGUAGGUUGUGCUGUGGUUGAAGUAUGCCACCGUUAAAGUUGAAAGCCGUUCUUAACUUCUAAUGUGGAAUCAUAAUGUAUUCCUUUUGGAUUUGUUCGAAUUGUUAAUAAACCCCGUAUUUCACAUUGAUCCUAAUUCAAGCAACUAUUAGUGCAAAAACUUAGUUGUCCAAAGUUGGAUGCCCUUGAAUAUGUUCUUUUAUGCUUUCUUUAGAUGCCUCUUUUUUGCUGUUUGAAUGGUGCUUUGUGAAUUAAAUUGGGUGAUUCUUUCGAUAGUACUUGCAUAUUUUAUCAA